AUGUCACUUUCGAAACGGUGUGGAAGGCCUCCGCAGCACAGGGCUUUCCAGCCCGGGAAAAGGCAUAUGGACCUCCUACCAUCCAUCAGCCGAAGCAGCGGAUUGGACAAGGAUGGUGAUGCGCUGACAGACUUCACGGUCCAAGAAGAAUACCGUGAAUACAUUCAAGGAAAGUUGGAAGAGUAUUGGCGGCGUCGUGGUGCUCCAGACGCAGAAAAAGGGCGACAAGACGUUGAGCAGAACUUGCUCAUUUUGUUCCGCAAGCUAAGAGAAGGAGUUCUAUCGUCCAAUCGCAGUGACGAAUUUGCUUUGAAAGUCUAUGAGACUUCCGUCCACCUCUCUAUCUUGUUCCACAGCCCAGGGCAAACCACAUCAACUCUUUCACAUCUCCUCCCAGAACUCUAUCUGCGUGUCUUUCCUUCACCUCCACCAUUUGCAGAUUCGGGCCAUCCUGCGUUCCCAACAACCAUCCUCGCGCUCUUGCACAACCUCAUCUCGGGCUAUCCGUCGCAGAGCCGGUACCACGAGCUGUUGCACUCACUACCACGUACUUUUCUACCCCGUGAUUCAGACGCAUAUCGAUGGAUGGACGACUUGACUCGCACUCUCCGCAGGCGUAAUUACGCGCGGUUGGAGAGGUUAACACAGCGGGACGCAUUCGCAAGUUUUGCCGCGCCUGAUAAAGUCACGUCGUCCGGCCAUGCUGGCAAGGACGGCUCGACUGCAGACGCGGAUAACCGGGCCAAGAGCCUUCACCUUGAGGCACUAUGUACACUCGUCGAUGCUGUACGCGCCAAAGCGCGCGAAACAGCAUGGCGUAUCUUGCGCGGCGCUUACCGCGAACUAACCUGCCCUCUUCCCGGACGCACCGCCGAGGUACCUCUGACGACCAGCGAGUGGCUGGCCCGCUCACUCACUCUGCGGUCUGUUUUACCGCAACGUAUCGAUCAUAGUAUAUCCAUCGCGCAGCUGGUGGACGACUGGUUGAAUGGCAAGUGCAAGGAAGGGGAAGUGAGACGUAAAGAAGGUAUAGAGGGUAGGUGGAUCGUGUGCAAGGUUCCCGUCAAGGCGUGA